AAACAGUUUGGAGUCAGCGCUCGUGUGUGUCUCGUCUCUUCUUAGUCCUUGUCUAAAUGCGCUCCCACGGCCUUGACAUCCCAAUACCAACUAGCCCAGCAUUCUGCAUUGAAGACUGUCUGCAGUGACUCUUGCACCAUGGAGAGCCACAUCCUGCUGUCGCCAUUCACCCGGCACCCGGCCGUCACCGACCAGAACUUCGGAGCCUUCAUGGUAGCCAAGCUCGAGGCACAUCCCAAGUCUCGAUUCGUGAACGGGAGCAGCCACGCGAGCUGGAGCUACGCCCAGGUGGCCGGCCAGGCGCGUGCCGUGUGUCGGGGUCUGCGCAGGCUGGGCCUGGGCCGAGGAUGCACCGCUUACCUGCUCAGCAACAGCCGGGCCGAGCUGGUGCCGGCGCUGUUCGGGGCCGCCUGCGCCAACGUGGCGGUCGCCUACGAGCAGCCUGACUACGGCGUCGAUGUUCUUGUUGACAUGAUGGAGCCCCUGCGGCCGGACGCCGUUCUCUGCGAGCACAGCGCCCUGAACAAGGUCCUGCAGGUUCAGGAGAGACUCAGCUGUGUCAAGCACGUGGUUCUACUGGGCGCUGGAGAAGCCGGUGACAAGGCGCUCUCCUGGAGCCAGCUGCUGGAGCCCGGGGACGGCGCCGACCACUGGCCCCCGGAGUACGUGGCCGGGCUGCCGUGCUACCUGCCGCAGACGAGCGGCACGACGGGCAAGCCCAAGGCGGUGGUGCACACGCACGACUCCCUUCUGGCCAGCGUCCAGGCUGCCGGGCAUCCCGACCAGCUGUCUCUCGGCGAGGAGGACGUGCUGGUGUGCACGAGCGUCCUGGGCCAUGUGUACGCCUGCUUCGAUUGCGUGUGCAAGGGGAUCGUCCAGGGCGCCUCCACCGUCUUCCUGGAGUACAAGGCUAGCAUCGAGGCCCUCCUGGAGGCCCUCCAAAAACACCGGGCGACGGCGCUGUGCACGGUGCCGUUUGUGGCCCAGCAGCUGCUCGCGUACCCGCACCUGGACCGCUACGACCUGAGCUCGCUGCGGCACCUGACCACGGCUACGUCGUACAUCUCGCCGGACAUUUCCAAGGGCCUGUUCGAGAAGCUCAACUUGACCAGCUUCGCGCAGCUGUACGGACAGUCGGAGAUCAUAUUCGUCUCGGCAGGAAUCUACGGGCAACCGCCCAACUUCACAUCCAUGGGCCGACUGGGCGCGGGAAUCGAGGGCAUGAUCCGAGACGUGAACACUGGCAAGGCCCUGGGUCCCGGUGAGCGAGGCGAACUAUUGCUGCGGGGCCGAGGACUGAUGCGGGGAUACUGGCAACGUCUCGACGAGCCCGUCACCGACGCUGACGGCUGGUAUAGGACCGGCGACCUGUGCUACAGCGACGAGGACGGCUGGCUUUACAUGGUGCAGCGCAUAAGCGAGAUGAUUCAGUUCCGGGAACACAAGGUGCCCCCCGCUGACGUGGAGUACAUGCUGCUGCGAUGCCCCGAGGUGGCGGACUGCGCCGUGGUCGGCCUGCCGGAUCCGGAGGCCACGCAACUGUUGCACGCCGUCAUCGUUCCAAAGAAACCCGUGGGCGAGGAACACUUCGUCAACUUCAUGAAAGAGAAUGCGCUGUCAUGCCUGCACUUGGAAGGCGGUGUCACGCUGACCGACGCCAUCCCACGGAACAAGCUGGGCAAGCUGGUGCGCCGCCAACUGGUGGAGUGGGUGCUGCAGCGUUCCAAGCACGAGCGACGCUGAAGCGUGAAACACGUGUGAGCAAAACUCACGUCGUAUCGCACCGCCGCGCGACGUAACUAUAGGGAAACCAUCAAUGACCGCCAGCGGUUGUCAUGUCUUUCACGCUUAAUGCGGGAUAAGACCGUUCGGGGAGGUGCCGAGAAUAAAGCUGCUUCUGUUCUGCCA